AAAAGUUUGCUCUCUGAAAACACUUUAGUCAAAGGCGGGUUUAGAGCUGCCAACUUCUUAGAAAUUUGGGCGCAGAGCCGAAAAUCAUAAACAGAAGACACAGGAGAGAAUGCUAAAAUGCAGUCAACACUAUUUGCUUAAAGACAAACGUUUACCAACACUGUUAGCAGCUAAUAAGCACGUUGAGCAGCUCGACUUCCUUAGCAAUUGCAAAAAAAAAAAAGAUAUAGCAUCAUAUAAUCACGGUCUCAUAUUAAGAGGAAGACGUCUAAGAAACUACAGUAAACUAGAGUUUUUGGCUAAAGAGAAACUUGCGUGGAAACUUGGUGAAACUCUCUAUAAAAGACCUAGUUGAAUUCAGCCAAAAACCGCGUGGAGAGCUCGUCGCACACACACACACAUAUACACAUUCACACACACACACACACAAACACAUACGCUUACAUUGACAGCAUCUUGACGAGCUGCGGCAAUUAGCGCUAUGAACUCGGCGAAAGGUGAUCCGCUGCUGCAGGUGGCCAAAUGUGAGAUGUGCCCGCUGAAGGUGACAAACUUUGUGGUCGGCCUCUGCGAGCGCUGCGUUUCAAUUUGGACGAGCAAACGGACAUUGGAGACGAUGAACAUAACCAUUGACCAGGUGAAGGCGACGAUUGUCAGCAUGAGCCACAGCAAGCUGAGACAUCAGAAUAUGAGCCAAGUGUUUCGGCGGGUCAUCGACGAGGAGCACAGACGUCGCAAGGUGAAAGUGGAUCUCUUUCAAAAGCUACGCGAGAAGUUUCAGGACAGCAUUCUACUGCCAGAGCUCGAGGCAUGCGGCAAGAGCAAAAUCAAUGUCGUCGAGCGCAAUUAUGAGUUGACGCAGCCCGACAUGGACCUGGAGCCGCUGGCGGACCUCAAGCUGCGCAAAUCCCUACACAAUUAGCAUAGUAGUAAACUAUUUUAAGUAUGCAUCGAUAACGUUCGACAAGACAAUAUUAUCGGGUCAUUAUAAAUCGAUUACAACUGCCUA